AUCGCUGGAGCCGAUGACGAUCGAGCGGGCGGCGGCGGGUCAAACGCUCGCGCCGUUUCGAACCAACACCCACAGUGAUGUCAUGGCCAGCAGCGGGUUUGACUGGGAAUUUAGGAAAGCCAGAGUGGAUGCCCCCGAUGGAGUCCUCAGGCCCAUGCCGUCAUGAGAAGCUCUCCGGUGUCAGCCAGCACGAGCUCAGAGCUCAGCUCGAUGUCUCGAGCAUCAAGGUAGAUACUGAAGUUGGUGAUAGCGGUCCAGAUGAAAAGGCAAUGGCACACCGGGAAAGGCAAAAAACAACCGACCUGCAUAGAAUUUAGUUGCAACCACCACGGAUGCAAUAGCAUCAUACCCCUCUUCAACGCAACACCCCUCCACCCCACUUUCCCAGUCACCUCCCACGCCCACCCUCUAUUUGUACUCAUCCCUUCUUCCCUACUCUUCAUCCCUCCAUUAUACCCAUUAUACCCAUUUGCCUUCCAUCUCUCACACCCCUCGCAAUCAUGUCUUCCGGACAGACCUUCACUCUCAGCAACGGCGUCAAGAUCCCCGGCGUCGGUUUCGGCACCUUCGCCAGCGAGGGCGCCAAGGGUGAGACCUACAAGGCCGUCACCGUCGCUCUGCAGACCGGAUACCGUCACCUCGACUGUGCCUGGUACUACCUGAACGAAGAUGAGGUCGGUCAGGCCGUCAAGGAUUUCCUGGCUGCCACUCCCUCCGUCAAGCGUGAGGACAUCUUCAUCUGCACCAAGGUCUGGAACCACCUGCACCGUCCCGAGGAUGUGCAGUGGUCGGUUGAGAGCUCCCUCAAGAAGCUCCAGGUCGACUACAUCGAUCUCUUCCUCGUUCACUGGCCCAUUGCCGCCGAGAAGGAGACGCAGGAGAAGCCCAAGAUCGGCGCCGAUGGCAAGUAUGUGAUCCUCGAGGAUCUCACCAAGAACCCCGAGCCCACCUGGAGGGCCAUGGAGAAGAUCUACAAGGAGGGCAAGGCCCACGCGAUCGGUGUGUCCAACUGGACCAUCGAGGGCCUGGAUCAGCUCCUCAAGUUCGCCGAGGUCAAGCCUCACGUCAACCAGAUCGAAAUCCACCCCUUCCUGCCCAACACCGAGCUGGUGCAGUACUGCAUCAAGAACGACAUUCUCCCCGAGGCGUACUCGCCGCUGGGUUCCCAGAACCAGGUGCCCACCACCGGUGAGCGCGUCAGCGAGAACCAGACCCUCAACGACAUCGCCAAGAAGGGCGGCAACACGCUGGCCCAGGUGCUGAUCGCCUGGGGUCUGCGUCGCGGCUACGUGGUGCUUCCCAAGAGUUCGAACCCGACUCGGAUCGAGUCCAACUUCAAGAGCAUCGAGCUGUCGGAUGCGGACUACGAGGCGGUCAACAAGGUGGCCGAGGGCCGUCACUUCCGCUUCGUCAACAUGAAGGAUACUUUUGGAUACGAUGUGUGGCCCGAGGAGACGGCCAAGAACCUGUCGGCUUAGAUAGAUUAUGCGGGUCAUAGAUGUCUAUGCAAACUGAGCGGAUAUGAGCGACGUGUGGAUGAUAGCUAGCAGAUACGAUAAAACAUAGAACCAUUCCAGUAUGCUACUCG